AACGUCGUGCUCCUCUUCGCCGACGACCUCGGCUUCGGCGACCCCGGCUUCGCCGGCCACCCGAGCAACCUGACGCCGAACCUCGACGCCCUGCGCGCGUCGGGCCGGCGCCUGAGCACGUGGUACAGCGGCUGCCCCGUCUGCACGGGGAGCCGCGCGUCGCUCAUGACGGGCCGCGUCUACAGCCGCGUCGGCGUGCCCGGCGUCUUCGGGCCGACGUCGCAAUCGGGCCUGCCGCUCCGCGAGGUCACGCUUGCGGACCAGUUCCGCACGGCGGGCUACGAGACGGGCAUGCUCGGCAAGUGGCACCUCGGCCAGCGCGAGGCCUACCUGCCGGCGUCGCGGGGCUUCGACAGCUACCUCGGCAUC